AGUAGGCGGCGCUGUGGACUGUGGCCGGUCCGACAGACAGACAGACAGCCGCGGGACACUGGCCUGGAGGAUGGAGACUUGGUGACAGCAGCCGCAGCCUCUCCAGUGGUUGUUAUGGAUACAACAUUCUGCUUCAUCUUCAUCUUCACCGCAGCGCUUCUGAUGUUCUCUACCCACGCACGUGGAGGCGAGUGGGGGCCCUGGGAGUCGCUUUCCAGUUGUUCUGUCACGUGCGGCUACGGAACUCACACGCGCAUGCGCCAGUGGAAGCACUCGGAAUCGGACGUAGUUACGACUUCCGGCAGAACGGAGACACAGGAACAUCAAGUGUGUGUGAUGGGGCAUUGCCCUGAUGACCUGUGUGAGAUUCGCCAGUCUACGUGCAGGACAGAUGUGAAGAACCAUGGCGACGAGGUCAGAAAUGUCAUAAACAGCGACCCCGUCAACAUCACAAACAUCUUCAAGGCGUGCAGUGCCUUCCAACAGUUGCUGUCGGACUGCGAGGAAUAUUUUGUCACUCACUGUCCUGGAGUUCAGCCGUGACAUUAUUUUUAAACAGGAGCAAGGACACGUACCGGUCACUGUGCGGCCCAGAAGAGCAUUGUCAGCGGCAGCUGUGGACAUGUCAGCCAAAGAACACGACUGUAGAGGCCAUUAAACAAGCACAGAAUGAAUCCAUUCCAGUCCCGGAGAACAUCCAGCAAGCUUGUUGGGCCAUGAAAACUUCUACAGGACAGUGCUUGGAGGGUUUGGCCAGCAACUGUCUGCAGUUUGCGAGGGUGAAUGAUUCUCUCGCGGAGCUCACAAAACUUCAGCAGAAUUUAUGCAGUCAAGAAAUGAUAUGCCAAGCUAAAUUAAGGAGAUGCCAGCACAUCAGGAACGAAUCUUCCGGUAGGUUAAUCGGUCAAGUGGCGAGUCAUGUUGAUGGAGCAGACCGCGCAAAGCUUUGCCAAUAUUACACCGCUGUCCGACGAUGCAUUGACGUGAAUGUUGAUGAAAGCUGUUGGCGCCAUCCUGAUGUAGCUCGUGUAUUGGAUGUCAUCCGCCAGGCAGAGCAGGACAACUGUUCUACAACGACAGAGAAGCCGACACACGAACACGAAGGAAUUUUUCUCCGCUGUCCUCAGCUAGCGGAGUGUCUUCAAGCAAACGACACGCAGUGCAGUGGUCUUGGCGACACGCUUGACUGCCUUCAGAAAACGGAAUAUGACUGCGGUGUUGGGCAGAACCAGCGAACGCUCGAACUUCUGAGGGAGGAAACUCUUGCCGCCUGCAGAGAUAUUGUCUCUUACGAGAAAGUCUUCGAAAACUGUACAGCACACAGAACCUGCCUCCAGAACUUGAUUCUGUGGAAUGCCUCUGUAUCCAAUGAGCCUUCGGGAACAACCAUGUCGGACAGAGACCACUACAUGAUCCCUUGUGCGAACGUGUGGACAGCUUUGUAGGUUGUUUGACAGACUCCACCAGACUGUGUCAGCCAGGGGAUGCUGCAGCAGCCGCUACACUGCAGACCAGGCGCAGGGCGAUUGAACAAGUGUGUCGAGAGAGCGUGCAGUCGAGUGCUGUAGCACAGAAUCGAGGAAACCAUCCACAAUAUUCGCUUCUUAGUCUGGCGGCAUCCUUGUGUCCAGCGUCCUUCUGUGUACCGCUGCCUUCCACGGCGGUCAGUGACAGGUUGUUGAUGGUGUGUCAUACUGCCAGCAGGAACCAACUCUACUAGAAAGUCAUCAGUUGCAGUCGCCUGUUCCAGAAAAUCUACAACAAGUGUUCUUCGUUAACUCCGCUUAGCUGCGACUGGAACUGUCAAAGACCUGCACAAGACAGGAAAAGUUGCUUCGGGAGGAGGGUAUCUCAUGAUGGGUCUGUCCAUUGUCCUAGCCUUGCAGUCUUGUGCAGAGAGAAAUGAGGUUUUUUGUGCGUAAAUGUGUGUAGUUUUUUAAGAACAGUGUUUGUUGUAUGUAAAUGAACGAAAGUAAUGCACGUUGUUGUGCAUGGUGCUAAGUCUGUGUAGAUGAAACAAGUGUGUAUUAUUCGUAACACCCAGAAGUGUACACUACAAAAACGUUUUUUAUGUGUGCAAAAAA